CCUUCACUUCCCAUAAUUCUCUCUAACUCUCGCUCCUCUUUAUAGAUCAUUCUUGGUUGAUUCUCAUGGAUCCACCGUUCAACGAGAUGUACAACACCCUUUUAUACAAACAGGCUACAAAUACAGAAAACAAUGUCCCCGAAGUACCCUUUAGCUUCUCUGUCACGGCCGUCAUCGAAGAGGUGGAGCUUCCAGUUAUUGACGUCAGCCUUCUGAUGGAUGGAUCCGAGAAGGAGAGGGAGAAGUGUAAGGAAGAUAUUGCUAGAGCUUCGAGGGAGUGGGGAUUUUUCCAAGUGAUAAAACAUGGAAUAUCAAUGGAUGUGUUGGAGAAGAUGAGACAGGAACAAAUUAGGGUCUUUAGAGAACCCUUUGACAAGAAAAGCACGUCUGAGAAGUUCUCCUCCGGGAGUUACCGGUGGGGAACUCCGUCAGCCACUUGUCUCCGGCAACUUUCUUGGUCGGAAGCAUUUCAUGUUCCCAUGACAGAUAUUUCUGAUAACAAGGACUUCACUACUCUCAGCUCAGCAAUGGAAAGAUUUGCUUCGGAAUCGGAGGUUCUGGCACAUACAUUAGCUGAGAUUCUUGCAGAGAAAUCAGGACGAACAUCAAAUUUCUUCAAAAAAAACUGUGAAAGAAACACAUGUUAUAUAAGGAUGAACCAUUAUCCACCUUGUCCGAAACCAUCGGAGGUGUACGGUUUAAUGCCACACACAGACAGUGAUUUCCUCACAAUCUUGUACCAAGACCAAGUCGGAGGACUCCAACUCAUCAAGGACAACAGAUGGAUUGCCGUUAAACCUAACCCUCGUGCUCUUAUUAUCAACAUUGGUGACUUAUUUCAGGCAUGGAGCAAUGGAAUGUACAAAAGCGUGGAACAUCGUGUGAUGACGAAUUCAAAGAUAGAGAGAUUCUCAACGGCGUAUUUUCUAUGUCCAUCAUACGACACUGUUAUAGAAUGUUUUGGUGAUUGUCCUAUUUACAGAAACUUCAGCUUUAGAGAAUUCAGACAACAAGUUCAAGAAGAUGUUAAGAAGCUUGGUUAUAAAGUCGGCCUCCCUAGAUUCAUUAAUCAUGUAUACUACUAAUUUAUAUUUUUAAUUUAUUUUUAAAUAUUUGUAAUUUUUUUUUACCUGUACUUUUUUCUUCUUCUAUACUUUUAUUGAUAAAUAUGGUAUUUUAGAUUUUCUUUUUCUCCAU